AUGGGUUGUGUUCAAUCAUCGCCCAGGGUUGUACAGAAGAAAGACAGGCCUCAAAGAAAUGGACAGACUUUCCCUCAGAAUCGUCCAGGAAUGCGAGAUCACAGCACAGAAAAACUUACUAAAAAACAAUUUUUCCAUGCAGUAACAAAUGGUAUUCGUUUAAUUGCAAACCCGCCUGAGCUUGUUCCUCAGGUGUGCGUUGGUGAUACAGCAUUUCCAAUUGUCAGUGCCGUUUUCAAGCUCGAAGAACCAGACAUAGCAGACAUACGCUUGCCUAUUAUUUCAUGCUCGUUAAAAGGAAAUGGUCAAUUAGCCUGCAUUUCAUGUAUAGACUUUCUUUCUCAACAAAAUUUUCAAGCAUUCGAAACUACAAUGUUAUUCAAAAAUUUAUCGCAUGUACUUGCUGGAGGGCAAGGAACGUUCGCUCAAACAUUCUGUAUAGGUUUCAGCCGAAAUGAUAUGAGAAAUUACAAAAGUUCAUUUGAGGCUAUGGGACUUUUCAUCGAAAGCGGUGAUUUUCCCACCAAUCUAUCGCAUUACUCAAUUAUAGUUUUAAACACAAGUUACGAGCUUAAACCAGAAGAAGCAGACAAGUUAUAUAAAUACGUUGUUGACGACGGUAACGGUUUGAUAGUAUUCUAUAAUCCAAUACAAGAAUCAAUCAGUAUCAACGAUUUCUUGCUCAAAUUCGGUAUCAGAUUUACAAAUCUAAUUAACGGUGAUGACGGAGAAUCCAUUGAAAUCGGACAAAAUUAUGAAAUGGCAAAAGAACAUACAUUUUCAGAAAUGAGCAAAAAAUACAUCACAACAUUACAGUCAGAUGACAUUGGCCAGUACAUUCUGGAUGAUUUGGUCACAAAUCUUCGAAUUUACGUCCUCGCAGGUGGAGACGAAAAUACUCCACAACUUACAGAACUCCUUGAGACUUCUUGGAACUACUUAAAGCGUACAAAUUACAUAAAAGAUAACAAAUUAUUCCAAAUAGUCCAACAAUCCAUCGUAGCCAUGCUAAUUUUAGACAUCUUACAGAAACUUCCUCUCGAGUUGAUGCGUCCGGUCGAAGGAUAUGAAAUUUUCCCCGGCCCAACCGGAGAUGUCGAAUUAAAAGAUUUCGAGUUGGACAUGGUCAUCAACACACAAGAGUGGACGUCGACUGGACUUUGGCUUCCAGCCGGAGUUAUCGCGGAAAUCGACAUAGACGACGCUCCAAUGAACUCAUUUAUUCAAAUUGGCUGCCAUACGGAGAAAAACUUAACAAGGCCGCUUCCAUGGGACCGCUGGCCAUCAACAAUUAUUACAGAAGCCAUUGUUUCUAACAAAACAAAGGUCGGUUCGCCGUUCGGAGGAUUAGUUUAUCUGAUGAUCGACGAUGACAAGGACAUUGUUGACUACAACGUUCACGUUAAGCUUAAAGGUUUCGCACAAGCACCGCACUACGUAAUCGGAACAGAUAUGUGGCAGAAAACAAAAGAUAUCGAUAUACCAUGGUGCGAAAUCGAGACAAAGAACGCGAUAGUUACAAUGCCAACCAAAGCGGCCAGAGAGUUCGACAUAGAACCGUUCGCUACCUCUCUAGAGAGGUUAGUUGGAGAUGUCGAAUCUUAUUUAGCGGUAGAUUACAAAUAUAAAUUCAGAAUUGUAUUUGAUAUCAUGAUGGAGCCAGGUAAGCAUUCAGUUGCAUACCCAAUCGUAUUUAGCACAGAAGAUAUUGAUAAAUUAAUUAAUGGAGUCAAGCAGCCAAACCGUAUAUUGUUCGAACUCCUCAUUGGCAUUGCCAUCUCCCUUUUACAGACUGUUAGUAUUGAUGAAAAUACUAAGAUUGCGAUUUCAAAUGUCGCAGCUUCAGCAGCGUUGACAAAUGAAUAUAAAGACUUCACGCCAAUGAUGCUGGAGGACAUUGAAUUGCCUCAGCUCUUCCACGAGCUUUGGGAAAUUCACACUAAAGUUGACAAGACGAUAUUGCCUCGAGUCAUUGCCAGCUUUAGAGAUCCAAAUGUUCAGACUACAGAUAUACCUGAAGAUAUGUGGAUAUCAUUCGUCAGGAAUCUGUCGAACAUUGGAGGUGCUGAUUUCUCUGCUUUGUUGAGUCGUACUAGACCAAUCCCACUCUCUGUUAUUAAUUCUCUUCACAAUAUGCCAGCUUAUCAGAUAUAG